AUGCCUCCUCCUCCCAGACGUCCUGAGCCGGCAUCCGCUGCCGCCGCCAGCACCGACAGCGGCUCCGGCGCGGGCGCGGCGCGCAAGGAAGAUAACAUCUACAUCCCCUCGUACAUCAGCAAGCAGCCCUUCUACGUCAGCGGCCUCGACGACCAUGACGAUUCACUCCAACAUCAGCGCCGGGCCGCCCACGAAGACGAAAACUUCACCUUUGAGCGGGGAGGCAAGAAGACGGGGCCGGCCCGGACCAAAUGGGUCAAGGGCGCAUGCGAAAACUGCGGCGCCAUGGGCCACCGGAAAAAGGACUGCCUCGAACGCCCGCGCAAGGUCGGCGCAAAGUUCACGGGCAAGGACAUCCAAGCAGACCGCACCGUCCGGGACGUCAAGCUGGGCUACGAAGCGAAGCGGGACAUCUGGGCCGCCUACGACCCGAAGCAGUACCAGGAGGUGGUGGAGGAGUACAACCUGAUUGAGGAGGCGCGGCGGAAGCUGCAGGGUCAAAACGGCGACGAGAAGCAGGCCGAGGACGUGUACGAGGAAGGCUUCAAGUACGCCGAGGAGUCGGAGCUGGGCAAGGACAAGACGGUCAAGCAGUCGAUGCGGAUACGCGAGGACACGGCAAAAUACCUGCUGAACCUCGACUCGGACUCGGCCAAAUACAACCCCAAGAAGCGCGCCCUCGUCGACCCCGGCGCAAUAGCCGACAAGUCGGCCCAGCUCUUCGCCGAAGAGAGCUUCCUCCGGGCGUCGGGCGAGGCAGCCGAGUUUGAGAAGGCACAGCGCUACGCCUGGGAAGCGCAAGAGAGGACUGGAGACACCUCGUUGCAUCUCCAAGCCAACCCGACUGCCGGAGAGUUGUUGCGUAAGAGGGGGAGCGAGGAGCGGGAGGCGAAGCGGAGGAAACGAGUUGAGUGGCUUGCAAGCCAAUAUGGCGAACAACCCGUAGUACCCGAGGCAUUAAAAGCCACCAUUACCGAGUCUGAAACGUUCGUGGAAUACGACGAGGCUGGCCUGAUCAAGGGUGCGCCAAGGAAGGCGGCCAAGUCAAAGUACCCCGAGGAUGUUUUCAUCAACAACCAUACGUCUGUUUGGGGGAGCUGGUGGUCAGACUUCAAAUGGGGCUACGCAUGUUGCCAUUCUAUUGUCAAGAAUAGCUAUUGCACGGGCGAGAUGGGAAAACAGGCGAUGAAAGCAGCGGAUUUAUGGGACAAGGAGGAAAGUCAGGAUGCUCAAAACAGUUCAUAG